UGCUCGAACAGUUUGUUCUCGGAGUUUUCGCUGGUAGGAAGUGUUGCGCUGUGUACCGCAGUCACGGAGAGAAGAAAGAAAAAAAGAGCGAAGAACAGAAAUAAAAAUAUAGGAAAAGUGUGUUUUUAGUUGUGGAAAUAUUGCCUUAAAGUGAAGUUUUGGGGGCUGAAUUUUGAGUCAGAUGUACGAUAAUAGUGUAAAUUUUGUCUUUUUUUAAAAGAACCGUUUGAAAUACGUCUGGAAGUGCCUGUAAAAUGUGAUUGUUUUCUAGUAUUUUGACACGGAUUGCGGAGAGCAGCCGUCAAAUCAGCAGACAAAACACUACCACAUUUGUAGUUGUAUACUUUUGCUGCCUACUGCGAUGACGACCAGUUCCUGUACAACACGCGUUUCGUUCGUUGUGUGUUUCAAUGCACUGUAUGCUGGUGUGCAAUCACACAGAAUUUUACUCCGAAUAUAGCUAUAAACGCGCGACAUAUUACCGUAUAAUAUCGUUGCCAGUUCGCUCGGUGUAAUGAGAUGUGUUUAUAUAAGUACAAAAACAUAAAAAUAAAUGGAAAUGAAAAUAAUUCUAAAGUGAGGAGACAUUUCCACCAUGAAUUAUAAUCGAGAAAUUCCUUCGAUACCCUCGGUUAAAGUGCGACGACGCCCGUGCGAGGAAAAUAAAACAAGCAAUUAAUUUUCGUGAGUAGGGAGGAAAAACUAGACAGCCGGAGUUGAUCGAGGGGCAAAUAAGUAUCGGGCUAGCGAGAAGAAAUUAGUGUAAAUAUCAGCGAGGAGAUUAAAAAUAAAAUGCUCAGAUUAAUUGCCGUCGUCGGCAUUUGGAUGCUGUUUCUGGUGGCGACGACGGUACGGCCGAUCGAUGGCCAGCUGACGGACCUGGUUCGGGAUGCAAAGGGCGAUACCAGCGGAGACUGUCCUCGACUCUGCUCUUGCCUCGGAAAUGUCAUCGACUGCUCGGAGAAGAGCUUGAAAGCCCUGUUCCACAUUCCGCAAUGGGUGGAAAAUCUUGAGUUAUCGUCGAAUCGGCUCGGUCACGAUGCGGUGCGGUCCCAGGUGGCCAACCUUAACAAACUGCAGGUUCUUAAUUUGAAUCACAACAAUCUUGGUCGGAUUCCGUCGUUCCGUGGAUUAAAUAAUCUGGUGCGACUUCUGCUGGCCAAUAAUGGGAUUGAGGUGUUGGAAGUAGAGGCCCUGCAGACCGUGGUCACCCUAAGGUACUUGGAUCUUUCGCGAAACAACAUCAAAGACGUUCAGUAUGGAUCAUUUCCCGCUAAGAACAGUCUUCAAUAUUUGAACUUGAACUUCAACAAGUUAACUUCACUGACCAAAGGUACCUUCCAAAGGUUGCCACUGUUGAAACGAUUGGAAAUCAACAGUAAUGCCAUAACGGAGGUGCAAAGUUUAACUUUCCAAAAUUUGAACCAACUGAAGAGCCUUAAAAUGAAUAACAAUCAAAUAACUAGCCUCAUGGACGGUGUCUUCCAUGGAUUGACCACGAUUUCAACGUUGGAAUUGAACAACAACAGUAUCACCAGCAUCCGGAAGGGGGGUUUGUUCAACCUGACGAGCCUGACGAAUCUGGCACUUUCGAGAAAUGCCAUCUCGGAAAUCGAGCAGGACGGAUGGGAGUUUGCACCGCGACUGCUAACGUUGGACCUUUCCUAUAAUCGAUUGGAGGCGGUGGACAAGUACACCUUCGAGGAGCUGUCCCAGGUCAAGAUGCUCAACCUGGAAGCGAAUCAGAUUUCCUCCAUCGGGGAAGGAACGUUCAACAAUACCAAAAACCUAGAAGUGUUGUUCCUGGGAGCGAAUAAGAUCUCCUGGACAAUCGAAGACAUGAGGGGACCAUUUUCUGGGUUAACCAAGUUGGAAAAACUGUAUCUGAAUUCGAACGAGAUCAAAUCAGUCAGUCGGAAUGCGUUCAUUGGACUGAAAUCGUUGACGCUGCUGGAGCUCAGUCAGAACAAUAUCUCGUCGAUUCAGAAUAAUGCCUUCAAGGAUACGGUUCGAUUGAAUAAUCUGAUCAUGAACUCGACCAACCUGCUGUGUGACUGUAAUCUCGUUUGGUUUUACCACUGGAUUAAGGAUCGGAAGGAUGUCUUUCAGUUAGAUGCGGAAUGUAGCUAUCCAAUUUGGUUGCGUGGACACUUGAUUCGGGAUUUGACAGCGUCAAAUUUUUCUUGUUAUGAUUCGCCGAAGCCACAUCUGAUCGAGGAACCGAAAUCUCAACUCGGCAUACGCGGCACCAACCUCAGUUUGGUGUGCACGGCAACUUCCACCGCGGCCGAUAGUAUGUCUUUCAAAUGGAAACACGACAAUCAAGAGUUGCCGGAUGCCUUCUUCAAGGUUCAUCAACUGAACAAUGAAAACGGUACCGUAGGAACGACUGAACUAGUCGUACCGUACAUCCAAACGGAUGGUGCUGGCAAGUACCAGUGCAUCAUAACGAACAACUACGGAGUGGUGUACUCGCAGAAGAUUAAAGUCACCGUUGGGACAUACCCCAGCUUCCAGAAGACACCCAGCGACAUUAGUGUUCAGUCGGGUAAAACAGCACGGCUAGAUUGUGCCGCACAGGGUGAUCCAAAACCACAAAUCGCUUGGGAGAAGGAUGGAGGAAAUGAUUUUCCCGCAGCGAAAGAACGACGGAUGCAUGUCAAACCGGACGAUGAUGCAUUUUUCAUCAUCAAUGCGCAACUUGUCGACAUGGGCGUGUACACGUGUACGGCCGAGAAUCCCGCGGGAGUAAUCCGGGCCAGUGCUCUGGUGGUUGUGUUUGAUUCCCCGUCACUGUUGAAACCACUGGAAGCGAAAAGUACGGAAGUUGGGAAAUCCAGUGUUCUGGAGUGUUUGGCUGCCGGUUAUCCCAAGCCGACGAUCCAGUGGUUCAAGGAUGGAGAACCGAUAAUGGUAACGGAGAGACACUUCUUUACGGCGGAUGGCCAACUGCUGAUUAUUGUUGAGACGGACUACAGUGAUGUUGGAGAGUAUGAGUGCCGAAUGGAGAACGAUUUUGGUACUGAGAAGGGAUCGAUGAAGUUGUCGGUUAUUGAAGGUCCGGAGGUGAAUCCCGAAAUUUUCGCAAAUCUUCCCAGUGAUGCUGUCGUUAUUGGUCACGUUCUAAAUAAUAAGGAUCUUGUGGUUAUAAUCGUGAUUACAGUGAUUUGCUGCGCUAUUCUGACGUCUCUGAUCUGGUUGGUUAUAGUGAAUCGGGUGAGGAAACAAAAUGCCAAUCAACUGUCGAACCACAGCGGGUCAAACAUUGAUGAUAUCGAUAUGAAUUCGAAUAUGGAAGUCAACCAACAGAACUUGAUUGUUCGCAGUGGAGUGGGAGUCUCGACAACUCCGAUCGAGUAUUUCGAGUACCUGAUCCCGAUGGUUCAGAACGAGGCAACCACGAAUGUGGACGACGAUGAUCAGAGGCAGCUAACCAACUGUUGCUAUUAUUCGGUGGUGCCGAAAGUUCCACCCAAGGUACGACCUAAUGGGGGCGAAUCCGAUUAUAUGGACGACGAUCUAUCUUCGAAAGAUUCUGGAACGGGGGGUGACUGUGGUUCUGCCACAGGCUCUACCAAUGCUCAUCGGGGCAGCACUGAUGAUCUCAAGUGUCAUUUUCAAUCUUUGACACGCAAAUCGACGCAACUGGGUCUACCGUAUCCGUACGACGAACAUGAUCCGGAUUCGGAUCCUCGAAUAGAACCGCCGCCACCGAUUCCACCGGUAAAUGCAACAACGGCAAUCCUCGUCAAUGCCGAUCCUAGUAAGAUCGUGUUCAGUGACGAUCUGCCACCGGCGGUCAUUUCUCGGAUGGCAACGUCUCAAACCUUUCCGAGCUUCGUGCAUCCGUGCUCGAACCCAUCGUCGUCGCUACUAGCGUCCUCGAUGGAAGCGACCGUCAGUACACAGCAGCAACCACAACCCCAGCAGCCCGCUAGUCAGGUACAGGUCAACAAGUUGUAUCAGCUGUUGAUUGAAAAUCCACGGUUGCUGGAAAAACCGGCCAAAUACCGAAGCCGGUCGGUGGAGGAGGAAACGUUGUAUCAGCUACGAAGUGGAACCGUUCCGGUUAGCCGGGGGGUCAGUUUGGAUGACGAUACGGUGGUAGGUUCGGAAUCGAUCGAGAGAAGUAGGAGUGAUGUCGGACCGGUAGAGACCGAUUUGAGGGAAGCUGUACGGUAAGACUGAGUAGGUUUUUGGUUUUUACCGUUCUUUGGUGUAUUGCUGCCACGCGAUGGAGUUUCAGUUUCGGGUCGGGUUUGUGAAUUGGUAACCGUUUCGAUUUGCAAAGCAUAUGUCUGGAAAAAGUCUAACUGAUCUGAAAAGGGCUCAUUGGCCGAGAACUUCAUUUCAGAUUCGUUCACAUACUAAACGAAAUACAUGACAAAAUUGUUGUUGAAACAAAUUUGAUUAUUUCAAACUAGGUUAGUACCUAGUUCAGUUUGAAAGCUAAGUUUUAAAUCGCAAAUCUUGCUUUUACUUCUGUUACUUCGCUUCCGGAUUAUCAAUCGGAAACAAAUGAGCAUCAUAAAUCAAUGAUCGAUCAGUAAGUUUCAGUGCGUUUGAAAGCUGGAAGUGCACUUUUUUGAUGUAUUUAUUUAAGUUGGCCGUUCAGUCACAAGUGGGAAGUUUUAGCGCUGUUAUACACAUUUUUGUAGAGUAAAUUGUAAACCUACUCGUAUUGUGUAACGGAGGAAAGAAACUUAUAAACGAACUUACUAACUAAUACAAAGAGCGAAUCGAUUCAGUUGAAGAUUGUAUCGAUUUUUGUCGGAAUUUGCUUAUACAAGACGUGCACUUGAUAUUAAAGAUUUGUAGUCCUAAUGAUAAUUUCGAAUACUACUUAAAAAUGUGGCUAGUAUUGCAUUACGUGGAAGGUUGAAGGCAAAUCCAGAUGAUACUCGAUUGAACGAUCUUUGUAGGCCUAUAACGGCACUGUUAAUACCAUAGUUAGUGCCGUGUAAAGGUAGUCGAAAAAAGGGUUGUUACGGUGAGAACGAGUUCGAACAUUAAUAUUAUCCUCGCGGAGCAAAGGGGGACAGUCAAUCCUAUCGUUCGAAUCUUCUGUUAUCAUUAAGCACGUGACAGCUCCCGCUGUACUUGUAGUGUGUCCAGUCCAGUCAGUAAUCCGCGACAUCCAUAGCUCGACAUUCGAUGUGGAUUAUUCCAAGCCAAUCGAAGGAGAACGAAACAAACGAAUCUAUGUUGUUUCGAUUCUAUUAUAUGAGCUCCAUGAAGGUAGCUUCAGCAACAAUGUAGAUAAUGUGCUGUUUGAUCGUCAAAUAUUCGUCGAGAAAGACACCAAGAGAGAAAAAUUUACGUCGUUGAAGUACAGUAAGAAAUUCAAAGUGCCAAGAUGAUUCCCAUGUGGAAAUCUGGAUGCAUAAUCCAUGGUAAUCCAAAUUCUUUCCUUUGCUCAUUUAUUUUCUUUAAGUGAAUAUGCGUCAUUUGCAACGAUGUGUGUGAAAAAGUAUGGGUAUGUAACGUCAGCGACAUAACUGGAUGUCGCGAAUACGAAUAAAACUGACACUUUCAAUUCCGAAUAUCAAUUAGUUGAUCGAUUGUGUGAAUUGUGCCUUUUCGCCGCUAGAAUUUGAAACGAUACACCUAAACUAAAGUACAGAUUAGUUACAUACAAUUAAAUAUUACGAUUAAUUGUAUGUUAGAAUGUGAAUUCUUUAUGAUAAAAUAAUGGAGGUUCUAAAAAAACCUUCUAUGAAGGCGUUCGUGAUGAAGAGUGACGAGUUGAGUUCGAAUCUAUUUUGAGUCGGUGCUAUGCAUUUUAUAUAGCAAUUCAGCAGAAAAUUCUACUACAAAAUACAACUGGUUGAAAAAUGGGCCGUAUACAGUAUAGUGAAGGAAAAUUUCGCAUAACUCUUUGGGUAUACAAUUAUGGUUCCAAAUAACAACAUACAGAAUUUUGAUGUCGAUUAUUUCAUUUUGGAUUUGAAUAUUACAGUGAAAGAAACUAUCAAAGGGCAGUACGGAAUUAAUUUCUGGCAUUCAGAAGGGCCAACUUAUGUAAUCCUCUAAUAUAUUAAACACUGUUGCGAAUUCUGCACUGCAAAAGUUGCACAAAGUAGAUAAAAAAAUCUCUGAUUUGCACUACACUGAUGGUUUUAUUUACCGCUUUGCAAAUAAGCAAUAUUUAUAGUUCUUUAAAAUUUGGA